CUGUGUCUUCGUCUCCCGUCAGAUCAUCCGGAACACAAAACCCUGAACUCGUCAGGUGACUUCAUCUUCUUCACUACUUUCCCAUUUUAGAGGCCUUCCUGGUUUGAAUAGGUCUGUUGAAAAAUCGAGAUUUGUGUCUGAAUUCGUGCUAAAUACGUCCUUGUUAUACUUAGUAUUCGAGAUUGUUUCUGUGGAAUCUUCGGUUCAGUUUCGCAAGCAAAUCUGAUGGACGAAGAAUUUUUGAAGUUUUUGAAAGCGAAAUACCGCGAACGGCCGCCGCUAACUUACUUAAUUACUGGAGAGGAUCUGAUAAGCAAAUUACCUGAUGCUAUGCGUUUAGAAGAAAAUGUAUACGCCAAUGAUGCAAGUCUAGAGUCAUUUAUCUCGUCUUGCCCAGUUCUUGAAGAUUUGAGCAUUCUUAGAAUGGUAGAAGACAACAUAAAGGUCCUACGAGUGCACUCUCUGACAUUAACCAGUCUUGAUAUAGACUUUUAUUUUGGUGAGAAUGAUGACAUGGUUGAUGAUUUUGAUACAAAACACUCAGAGGUUUUGAUUGAUGCCCCUCGACUCAAGUAUUUGAAAUUCCAAGAUGAUCUAUCGGAGAGUAAAGUCAUAACCAAUUCGGGUUCCUUAGCCAAGGUCAACAUUGUUUAUGUCUUCAAUGAGAAUGAUUGUGCUGAUGUUGUUGAUUUACCAAGGCGAAAUAUGGUCCGUAAUUUUUUUAUCAGUAUCUCGGGAGUUAGAGAUAUGAAGAUCUCUGGGCAUUUUGUGGAGUUUCUCUAUUGUAACAUGGACUUUGACCCACUGCCCCAGUUUCGCAACCUUUCCCGUUUAAAAGCCAAGUUCUCUUUAUAUUUUUUGGAAAUUCUGCCAACUCUUCUCGAGAGCUGUCCCAAUCUAAAAUCGCUCGUCUUGGUGUUGGGAUUUGAUCCGUCGAAGGAGGAUGAGCAGAUAAAAUUCACAUCCGUACCUCGGUGUUUGGUAUCGUCACUCGAGUCUGUAGAGAUAAAAUAUUUCAACGGAAAGCCUGCUAAAAUGGAAGUAGCAAGGUACUUUUUAGAAAACUCAGGAGUUCUCCAAAAACUUGUUCUGCAUUUGAGGUGUUCCACGCUAGAAGAAGGAUUUUGCAUCUUAAGGGAUCUCCUUGCAUUGCCCAGAGGAUCUAGCACAUGUCGAAUCGUCGUUUGUUGACGGCUUGAAAGGUUUUAGGUAGGUCUAUGAUCAGAUUAAGAGUAGUGUUCCCAGCUGGUUACUUAAGUUGGACUUGGAUUUUUUAUUUUGUUGCUUAUGAUGUUUUUGUGAGCUUUUGGGAUUUCCUUGUAUUGCGUAGGUGAUUUAACACCUGUCAAAUCCUAUAUGUUGCUGGAUUUAG